UGAUUCAUCAAGUGAAUAUUCCGACUGGACAGCAGAUGCUGGAAUUAAUCUCCAGCCUCCAAAGAGACAAACCAGGCAGGCAGCUCGGAAAAUCUGUAGUAGUUCUGAAGAUGAAAAUAUGAAGGGAACAAAAGGACUGGAGCCAAAACGAAGGAAACUUAAACAGCCUAGAAAAAAGAAACCAAGUGGACUGCUGUCGAUGGAAGGUGAACCCAGUGAAGAGUGGCUUGCCCCACAGUGGAUCUUGGAUACUAUACCGCGCCGCUCACCUUUUGUCCCGCAAAUGGGAGAUGAGAUCAUAUAUUUUAGACAAGGCCAUGAAGCUUAUGUGCGGGCAGUAAGGAAAGCAAAAAUUUACAGUAUUAACAUGCAAAAACAACCAUGGAACAAAAUGGAACUCAGGGAACAAGAAUUUGUGAAGACUGUAGGAAUUAAAUAUGAAGUUGGGCCUCCUACGCUCUGCUGCUUGAAGCUUGCAUUCCUAGAUCCAAUCACAGGCAAAAUGACGGGAGAAUCAUUUUCCAUAAAGUACCAUGAUAUGCCAGAUGUUAUUGACUUCCUUGUGCUGCAUCAGUUUUAUAAUGAAGCCAAAGAAAGGAACUGGCAAAUAGGGGACAGAUUUCGCAGUAUAAUAGAUGAUGCUUGGUGGUUUGGAACUGUGGAGAGUCAGCAGCCUUUCCAGGCAGAAUAUCCCGACAGUUCCUUCCAGUGCUACUCUGUUCACUGGGACAAUAAUGAAAGAGAGAGGAUGAGUCCCUGGGACAUGGAGCCAAUUCCAGAAGGAACUGCUUAUCCAGAGGAGGUUGGUGCUGGAGUUCCUGUGACUCCAGAUGAGCUGACAGCUCUUCUCUACAAACCCCAGGAAGGAGAGUGGGGGGCCCAUUCCAGAGAUGAAGAAUGUGAACGAGUAAUCCGGGGGAUAGAGCAACUUCUUUCCCUUGACAUUUCUAAUCCCUUUGCUGUUCCAGUGGACCUUAGUGCCUAUCCCAUGUAUUGCACUGUUGUUGCUUAUCCAACUGACCUCACCACAAUUAGGAGGAGGCUUGAAAACAGGUUUUAUAGGAGAAUCUCUGCACUUAUGUGGGAGGUACGAUACAUUGAACAUAAUGCCAGGACUUUCAACGAGCCAGACAGUCCAAUAGUCAAAGCAGCCAAAAUUGUAACAGAUGUCUUACUUCGCUUCAUUGGGGAUCAGAGUUGUACUGAUAUAUUAGAAAUCUAUAACAAGGUGAAAGCAGAAGACCUAAGCAGUACUGAUGAAGAAGAGGAGGUGGCAGAAGUAGAUGUAGAUUCAGAUGCUCCAGGAACUUCCUCUGGAAAAAGACGAGUAAGACGACGAAUAAAAAGACAGCCCAUGAAAGCAAGUCCUGAUGCUUGGAAAGAGCAAUGCAAGCAGUUGUUAAACCUGAUUUAUGAAAGAGAGGACUCAGAGCCUUUUAGGCAGCCAGUUGAUCUCUUCUCCUAUCCUGAUUAUCGAGAUAUUGUAGACACUCCUAUGGACUUCAGCACUGUGAAAGAAACCUUGGAAGCAGGAAACUACACUAGUCCCUUGGAAUUCUACAAAGAUAUUCGUUUAAUAUUCUGCAACUCGAAAGCUUACACUCCUAAUAAAAAGUCUCGAAUUUACAGCAUGACGCUUCGACUAUCUGCCUUAUUUGAAAAUCAUAUGAAAAGUAUAAUCUCUGAGUACAAGUCAGCAAUGCAAUGUCAGAAGAGGAAAAGACCACGGUACCGAAAACGGCUAAGAAGCAGUAGCAGUUCACCGUCAACUAGCAGAGCAUCUAGCCCAAAAGGGAAACAGAAGCAAAUGAAGAUUCAACCUAAACCCAACCAGAAUACCUCACUGCCUUUGACUAGGACUAGUUCUUCAGUUUCAUCUCAUGUUUCAGAUACAGCAGAAGAACCUCUGGGUUCAGCCACUGGUGAAGAGAUGGAAGGCCAACCAUCUUCCUCAGGCUCGAAUGCACAGAACCGAAGUGGAAAUACCAUUGAUCCAGGGAAAAGUAGACCCGUCAGGAGUAAAUCUACACCAGUUAAACAAGAUCACUCUCCUGACGGACCACUUACAAACGGUGAUGGCAGAGAACCCCGGUCGGGAGUCAAGAGGAAGUUAAUGAGUGCAUCAGAAGAAGAUGAGCAUCUGGAGGAGGCAGAGGAAGAGGAAAAGAAGAAAAGAGAAUUAAAGGAAAAAUCUGGUUCAUCUUCAUCAGAAAGCGGGGAAUCGGGAUCGAGUUCAAGUUCUGAAAGCAGAAGUGGCUCUGAUUCAGACUCUGAAUCAACAUCACGAACAGAUCAGGAUUACAUUGAUGGAGACCAUGACUACAGCAAAGUUGUGCAAUCCAAAAAACCCAAAAGAAAACUCAAAAGAAAACUCACCGGUGGGAAACGGAAUUGGCAGGGCAGAGGGACAGGGAGGAGAGGUAGAUGGGGGAGGUGGGGUAGAUGGAGCAGAGGGGGAAGAGGUGGUAGAGGCGGAAGAGGCUGCGGCAGAGGAAGAGGUGGUGGCAGGGGAGGAAGAAGAGGCCGAGGAGGCAGAGGAGCCUCGCGAGGAGCCACCAGAGCAAAACGUGCCCGAAUUACAGACGAUGAAUUUGAAAACCUGUUUGGAGGACAAUUUGGUGAGAACGUGUUUGGAGGGCGAUUCAGUAGACCCCCCCGGAUCAAAACAAGGAACGAGGGCAGGAGAACUGUCUUGUACAACGAUGAUUCUGAUAAUGACAAUUUUGUGCACACCGAGGAUCCUUUGAACCUUGGUACUUCCAGGUCAGGCAGGGUGCGGAAAAUGACAGAAAAAGCCAGGGUCAGCCAUCUCAUGGGAUGGAAUUAUUGACAGAUGAAAAACUUUGGAACAAUUUUAAAAGAACUUCAAUGGCCUUCUACUGCAGGGAUUUUACCAGAAAAUCUACCAAGCAAGUUGUGCGGGGACUCCACUCAUGUUUCACAGUGGUGCUUUUCCAUUAUGUCCGUUUGCGUUUGUUUUAAAACUUCAGAUCGCCACACUUCAUUAGUCAAAACAAGCCUUAUUCAUUAGGCCUUAAAUUACAGAAAUUCUUCCCCACACAGUACAAGUUCAUCCCAUUAAAGAGGCUUCCAGCUUCCCAAUAAGAACAUGACAUUUUGAGUCACGAUUAUGACUUCUCUCCCUCGUUUUGUUUUUGUAUUAUAGAAAUAGCACCUUCUUACAGAGUUUUUAUGUGGUUUCUGCCAUAAAUCCUUAUACACAGUAAUAAUUAUAACUUUUGCACAAUACACCAAUCCUAAAGGCAGCUAUAAAAUGUUUACAGUUUCUACAUUGUAAGAAGGAUCUGGAUUAUUUUAAUCUUCCCAGGCCGAGCGUUGAUGAAUUGUGCUGAACUGAAGUAUGUCUAUACUACAGUUACGGGGGUCCUGAUGUGCUUUCUAUCGGUUUCCUCAUUCAUGUAAAAAGUGACAAGGGGUUGGUGCCUUGUAAAUAUGUAGCAAACCUUUGAUGUGGUGUGUCCUAUGUGUGCAUUAACUUUAUUAAAAAGAGAAUACUUGAGAAGUAUGAAUAUCUAGACAAAAGGUGCCAAAUGCAAAAGUUACUUGCAUCUAUUUUCUUUUUGUCCUCUCAUAUUUUUAUAGUAUUAAUAGAGACUGUGCAGCUAAGGGGUAACUUCAACGUUUGAAAGGUUCCUCCUCUUCAAAGCAUAACGUGAUUUUUAACAGUAGCUCAGCUACCUCUAUUUACAACUACUGGAAACUU